AUGCGCUUUCCACUUGCAACGAAUUGUACGCUAUUGCUACCCUGUUUAGCUUUUGGUAAGAUUGACAGGCAACGCAUCGUAUCACAGUUCAACAUUAUUCGGACUAGUCUUAUCGACAAUGAGACAACGCCGCUACAGGUUGGGAAUGGUAAUUUCGCCUUUAAUGUUGACAACACUGGAAUGCAGUCAUUUCUCCCUUUCAAUACCCUCUCAAGUUGGGCCUGGCAUAACGACUCUCUUCCAGCAAACGGCGAACUUCCCUCCAAAUACAAAGGCUUAAUGCGCGAAACAUAUGGACGAGAAGUAUACUACGACAUUCCGGAUCCAAAGCUUAAGCAAGCAACUCAAUGGCUUAUUUCGAACCCGAAUCGUAUCAACCUUGGUCGCAUUGGCCUCAAGUACAAAGGCAAUACACUUGAUAAAUCGUUGAUUAUUGACCCUAAGCAAGAGCUCGACCUGUGGGACGGAGUCAUUACGUCGACUUUCAAGAUCGACGGGACGGACGUGAAAGUUGUAACACAAUGUGACUUUGACUCCGAUGCCGUUGCUUUCACUGUUGACUCUGGUCUCAUCAAAAGUGGGGAUUUGCAAAUUGAGUUGGAUUUCCCCUAUCCGCCAAUCCAUACCACCAGGUAUAAGUACGAAGUCUUUGCGGGCGUGUAUGACUUCCCACUCAACCACACCACCACGCUGGUUCAAGGCGGAAGCGAUCCAACCUCUGCACACAUACAACACGAGAUGCAGGAGCUUCAGUAUUUCAUCAAUCUACGGUGGCCAGAAGAUACCCCUGUAAAGCUGAUCAGAAAUGAAGCUCCGAAUUCCACAACUAUCACGGCUCAUCGGUACACGCUUAGCUCAACCUCGAAAUCUUCCUCGGUAGCCUUCACCGCCCACUUCUCACCUGAUCAACGAGUCCCUAGCUUUCCUGCAAGUAUUCAGGAUAAGAAUGCAAGAGCCUGGAAUAAAUACUGGAAGGACGGUGGUUUCGUCGAUCUGACUGCUUCAUCGAAUCCCAACGCAACCGAACUUCAACGCCGUAUCAUCAAAUCGCAAUACCAUGUGCGCGUUAACAGUGCAGCCAAGGGGCAGUCGCCACAGGAAAGUGGUUUGAUGAACAAUGGUUGGUAUGGCAAGUUCCACAUGGAGAUGCUUAUUUGGCACAACGCGCAUUGGUCGAGUUGGGGAAGGCAGCAGUACUUCGAUAACAUCUUCCCGGAACUCUACGAGACGCUUCUACCAUCUUCGCUAGCUCGUGCGAAGUCCAUGGGCUGGGAGGGCGCAAGGUGGCCAAAGAUGACUGAGCUCAACACAGGUGUCAGUUCGCCAGGUGACAUCAACGCAUUUAUACUGUGGCAACAGCCUCACCCGAUGUAUCUUGCGCAACUGGCGUACCAAGCGCGCCCUACACGAGAUACACUCCAGCGGUGGGACAAGGUCUUGACUGCUACUGCUGAUUACAUGGCUUCAUAUCCCUGGUUAAAUAGAACAACUGGCAAGUAUGAUCUUGGACCGCCGUCUUACGGUGUGACCGAGAACACGCCGCCAAGUUCAACAAGGAACCUAGCAUAUGAAAUCGCAUAUUGGCGCUAUGGACUCGACGCUGCGGUAAGCUGGAAGCGUAAACUUCACCAGCCCGUGCCGGAAAAGUGGACACAUGUUGCGUCGAGUCUCGCUCUUCCACCGCAGGUUGAGGGCCUCUAUGCUGUCUACGACGGCCUUGACAGCUCGUGGUGGAAUGAUACGAAGCUGAAUGGCGACCCCCGUAGCCUGAUCAUGCUUCAAGGCAUUCUUCCCGAUACACCCGCUGUAGACCCCAAAGUGGCCCUACGCACCGCCGACAAAGUGUGGGAAGUUUGGGGCGACUCAAAGAUUCGUGGAUGGGGAAGACCCGUUCUAGCGAUCAACAGUGCAAGGAUCGGGAAUCCAGAGCGCGCGAUAUAUCACCUGACAGCAUUUGACUCCUGGAAGUUUGACUCCGCAGGGUUUGCGAUUAGAGGUGGGGACGGGGGGACUCCACCGCCUUUCAUGCCGGGCAAUGCUGGCUUUCUACUUGCAAUCGCAUAUUGUGCAGCAGGUUGGCAGGGAUCAGAAGUGGAUGCUCCGGGCUUUCCAAAAGAUGGGAGUUGGACUAUAAAGCACGAAGGGUUAUCGAGGGCCUUGUGA